AUGUCCUCCUCAAGUACACCUUUGAAAGAGCUUCGUUCUCCAAAAAAUGGAUCUUCAAUCAAGAGAUCGUUGAGUGAGAGAAAGGCAAGAAAUAGAAACAGUUUACCACCACCAACUAUAUCGCUUCCAGUUCUGGCGUCCCCGGAUACUAGCUUUGAUCAAACGCCCGUGAAGAACAACAAUAGAUUGAGUAAAAGAAUCACAGGAGAAGUCAACAAUAUCAAAGUGGUUGCAAGGUUCAGGCCGCAUAAUGAAAAUGAAAUCAAACUACAAGAUGAAGGUGGAUUGCCGUGUGUGCAGUUUUUGGAUCAGUCGUCGUUGUUGGUAAACAAUGAAAACUACACAUUUGAUAGAAUCUUUGAUCCUCAAAGCUCUCAACGUGAUAUAUUUGAUUUCUCAGUGACACAGACUGUUGAUGAUUUGUUUAAUGGGUAUAAUGGUACCGUGUUAGCAUAUGGUCAAACUGGUUCAGGUAAAUCAUAUACAAUGAUGGGGUCAUCAAUUAAUGACGAGGACAAAAAAGGUAUAAUUCCAAGAAUUGCAGAUGCUAUAUUUGAAAAAAUUGCAAACGGUGAUGAAAAUAUUGAAUUUACAUUGAGUGUGUCGUAUAUGGAGAUCUACAUGGAAAUGAUUCGUGAUUUAUUAACCACUGAUCCACAACCAUCAAACAGUUUAUCGAUUCAAGAAGAUAAAACAAAUGGUGUCCAUGUAAGGAAUCUGAGUAAAAUUUAUAUCAGCUCUUCAAAAGAGUUGUAUUCAGUUUUGGAAAGAGGCUCAGACUUGAGAGUGACUUCUUCCACUGAGAUGAAUAUGGAAUCAUCAAGAUCACAUGCUAUUUUCCAAUUGAAUUUAACUCAAAUUAAUCAGUUAGAUGGAAGCACUAAAAGAAGUAAAUUGUUUCUUGUUGAUUUAGCAGGAAGUGAAAAGGUUGGCAAGACUGGUGCAUCUGGUCAGACUCUUGAAGAGGCCAAAAAGAUUAAUAGUUCAUUGAGCUCAUUGGGAAACGUUAUCAAUGCAUUGACUGAUUUGAAGUCAACUUAUAUACCAUAUCGUGACUCCAAAUUGACAAGAAUAUUACAAGAAUCUUUGGGUGGUAAUUCCAGAACAAGUUUGAUAAUCAAUUGUUCUCCAUCAACUUUCAAUGUCCAAGAAACCAUAUCAACUCUAAGAUUUGGUACAAGAGCUAAAAAGAUUAAGAAUAAAGCCCAUGUUAAUAAUGAGCCAAGUGGAAUGGAAUUGAUGAAACAAGUUGAAAAUUUGAAA